CCCGCCCUGGACGCGCCUGCUGCGUGCCAGCACACUAGCACACUGCCUCGUCCGCCGUCCCCGCCUCCUCGCCGUGUCGCUGUUCCUAGAUGCCCCACGAGCCACUGCAACACCAUGGACGCUCGCCAGCCUGCGCCGCCGCCCUCGACGCGCCCGCCCGACCGCCCGCUGGCUCAUAAUCCAAACUACCAGCCGCCGACCACGACACCGCAGGCCUACGCCGGCUACCCUCCGUCGACGUCGCAGCCGCAGCCGCAGCAGCUGCACGUCCCCUUCGCCGUCGACCCGUACGCGACGUCUCGACGCGACCCGUUCCUGCCCCAAGGGCCACAGCACGCCCGACGCAGCAGCCACGGAAUGAGCGCCUCGGACAGCGCGCCGCAAGCAUACAUGGAGAGGCAGGGUGGCUGGGCAAACACAGCGCGCCCCAACUUUGGAGCAUCCCAUCACCACGCCCAGCCGGCUGCACCACCGCCAUCCAUGAGCAGCGCCGCCACCCCAUCGGCCUCGUCGCCCUACGCCUACGAUGCAGCACGCAGAGCCCAGCUCAACGGCGCCGCGCCCCCGAACCUAGCUGGAGCCCCCUCUCACGACGCCCCGCCACCGCCAUCGUUCACGCGCCCGCAGAUGCUUCCCCCCUCAUCGCCUCCGCAGCAGCAGAACCACGCUCCGCACGCGCAACGUGCCCCCUAUAUGCCCAGCUUCGGCGCCAACAGAGAGCUUCCUGGCCUAGGACCGCAGCAUCGACCAGGGAGCAGCAUGUCCAUUUCAUCUCUGAUUGGCGUCGGUGACACGGGUGCCCCUGCCCAGACAACACAGGCGCAGUCGUCGCCUCCCACAAACGCCCAGGCGGCCAACGGCCACAGCAUGCAGCCGCCCUCGCCCAGACGCAGUCUCCUGUCUGGGCCCCGAUCAGACUUCGCUCUCUUUCGACGCCAACAGUCGCCCGAGAGAAACAUGUAUGGCAGCAACACCUCCAGGGCACUCGACGGACACGGCUUCACCGCAAGAUCACCAUCACGAGCCUACAGCAGUCUGGGCUCCCCUGAGCAGCAGGGCCGUCAGUCGCUCCCUCCGUCGAUCCAGCCCUACAACCCGCCGGGCCUUCCAGGCCAGCGUCUCUUCCCAUCCUCGCCCAGCGAUAUGCCAGGAAGAGACCCCCGACAGCCUACUGGAGGGAUCCCACCCCGGCCCAACAGCCAACCAACGGGUCUGCCUGGGCCCCUCGAACAAGAUGGGAGGACACUCUACAGUGCCUUGGGAGGACGCCGCAGUGCGUACGGAGCGCCUGAAGAACGACGCCGAACGCUAGGGGAGUCGCAUCACUCGAGACCCAACACCGAAGAGCUUCUGGGAGGUCUUAGCCAUAGCACACCAGUCAGAGACCGCGCCAACACUGUGCACCCAGUAUCUCAGUCCAUUUUCAGUCCGCCUCGUGAUCAACGCACGAUCGCUGGUUUGAGUGAUGCUCCGCGCGACAUGUGGCGUCAUUCGGCACCCAACGACACCGCUCGUGAACCCAGUGAAGCCCGGCGGGAAGAGCCUCCGGUGCUGCAUCGUACCUAUGGACCGUACCCCCCUCCUUCACUUGGGCCUCCACGCUACAGCGCCCAGAGCGUCGAAGACUUGCUGCGAGAACGAAGCCUGGACCACUUGAAUCACCGGGUGGUAGAGCAAUACCAUGUUCCGCCUACUUCAGAUCCAAACUCAACAGACCGACACAAAGCUGAACCGCUUGCUCGCUCUGUGUCGUCUGGAGGAAACGCAUAUCCAGGCCGACCCCUAUAUGACCACCCGCAGAGGAUGGGCGAGCCCAUGCAACUUUCAAAAUCACACAUCGGCCUUGGUCUGGAAGCAAGUAGGCGGACUGGUCGUGCUUCGCCAUUGCCGCAAGCUGUCCAAGGCGCCCAAGCGCAACCCAUAUCUAUCGGCAAAGACCCUGGCAUUAAGAGAGAGUUUGGGCGGAUGUUUUCUGGACUUGACAGUGGACUAGGAUCAUCAACGCCGUCACGUGGGAGUCCGAUGCCGCAAAAUGGACAAGAUUCCUUCGAUUCUAACGAUAUGCUAAGGCUACAAAGAGUGAAUUCGCAACAAGGCAGGAGGCCAAAACGGGUCAAGGACGAGGAGGUAUUUGACAAUGACAGUGCUGAUGGAAGGGGUAUGACCUCUGGUGUCCGUGGUGCUAAACGUAACAAAUACGGUCACCAUCACCAUCAUGCGCCACAUCACCAUCACCACCACCAUCACCAUCACCACAGGCCGGACGAAGAAAUUCCGCCUUCGCUAAGUAGGCAGCCCAGCCUCCAAGGCGGACCAGGCGGACCUGUGCACCACCAUCAUCAUAUCCAGGGGGCGCCACAUCACCAUCACCAUCACCAUGCAGCCCCUCGAGCAGGACAGCAAGCACCAGUUCCUCUGCCAAAAAUUUCAGACAAGGUGCAUGAUAUCCAACCUGUCCUUGAUGAGGCUGCCAAACAUCCUCGGAAACAUCUUGGGUCUCACUUGUAUGAGGCAGCCACCGAGCUGCCCAAACCUAACUCGUCCUUGGACGACCAGUUUGGAUAUGCCUCGAUACCGAAACGGUUGCCACAAUUCGAAAUUAAUCCCAUCAAUUGCACCUUCACCAUCAGGGUGCCAAGAUUCUAUCUGAAACCGCGGCAACGGCAACAUAUUGUCUUGGAGCGACAUCUCUGGGGUGCACGUGUAUAUCGUGACGACUCAGAUCCAAUAGCUGCCGCCAUUCACUCUGGGUGGAUUCGCGGAGAAUGGGAUGACACCGUCGAUAUCUCCAUGCUAGAUCCUCGCAUAACGGCGCCCAACGAUGCCAGCGAUGCUCAAGACAUCCUCAACAAGGUCCCUGUUGCCCCAGUAAUGCCGCCUGCCGACAUGGACCUACAGAUCGAAAUCCUCAUACUACCACGAGUGCAAGAGUAUGUUGGUACCGUCGAAUUUGGCAUUUCGAGCAGGAAAAGUAAAACACAUGAAGGCUUGAGUUUCAUGAUCAACAAGAUCAGAUGGGUGGAAGAAGGGAUCGGCAGCCGAGGCCAGGAACGAACAGCGGCGGCGCUGAAGCGUAGACUCGACGCGAGCGCAACCCUUCUCGCCUUACAGAGUGGAGUUGACGAUAUCUUCAAAGCGAACGGGACUGCGAAGUUGCAUGCCUAAUCCUGGCUCGAUAUACCCCAGAAUGCCUGAUCUGGCUUGAGGUGAACUUGGGGCUAUCUUGAAUCCUUCCGACCGGCUCUGGAUGUCUCUCGUUUUCUCUUACGCAUUUGUUCGUAUUUGUGUCAAUCGCAUGACUUGAUGUACAGCGUUAGGAUAUCUCAGUUCAGCAUCGCUAUAUACCCGUAUUUUUGUUGCCUUGCGAAAUUUGACCUUUGGUUUUGCGUUCAUGGCGGGAAAUCUGUUUUGUGAAUGUUUGUCACCGCGGACUAGAUAGUACUCUAAUUCACACUGCUUUGGGAUAUUCCAAGUCUAAGUCAUUCUUCCGCAGCGUUAGAUUGUUGAUGGACAUAAUCUGAGUGUUGUAGGCUGUACUCUGAAUCCGCCAUGCACGUGCUUGCGAUUGCGAUUGCGAUUGCUUGGGCGAUAAUGGUGUUUUUCCAUUGAU